AUUACACACUUUCCGUCUAAUGGUGGCGCACUUCGUGAGAAACGGAGACGAUGUAUUUGGUCUGGUUCCCUGACCAACACAUACAGUAUUCAGGCCUUGCACAACAAUAAUAAACAACGGCUGAGACAAGGUAUCAAUCGCCGGUGUGUGGAGCUACGGAGCUACGCUACGCGUAUACUAGGCAAUACAAACGCAAUCCAAAUCGGCUGUCUACAUGUUUACGUCGGAGUUUUUAACUUCAAACAUCACACAGUCAGGUUAUUUAUACAAUCGCUCACCGCAGUCAUGUCUGAAGAGACAGAAUCUACUGAGCCUGAGGUUGUUUUCCAAGUCGAGGGGCAAGAAGAAGUCAUUUCCGAAGUGCUUGAAUUCGAAUUCGUUGAACAUCAUGAACAAGUUCAAGUUGAGCAUGUGGACAUGGUGGAAGAGCAUGGCAAUGAACAAGAAGAUGAAAACAUGGAACUGGAAGGUGUCAGUUCAGCAAGCGAAUAUGUUGAGGAAGAUGGCGACAGAGUUGACAUUACAUCCAAGCACGGGCAACAUGACAGGGAACCAGAAAGAUAUAUCAUCAACACUGUGGACAUUGAAACAACAUCUGACUCAAGUCCACAUUCCAGUUCAGCAGAGACAGACCACGAGCCAGAGCAGCCAACCAAGAACUUGAGAUCAGAUCGGCUAAAAAAGGACAAGGAAUCUAAGACUAAGAAAAAGCACAUCAAAGCUGGCCGGAUCACAAAGAGAACAAGGAGAGAAAAGACAAGGACUGCGUCCCCAAAGGCCAAGAAACACGUUGGUAGAAGGACAAGACAAUCUCGGCAAGCUCAGCUUAAGAAGGAGAAAAUCAAGAUGGCAAACCAGUACCUAAGAAAAGGCCUGGACAAUCCUACAUCCGCACCUGAAGUAGCCGACAUCCCUGAACUAGAAAGGCUCAAGCGUGGUCUUGAGGAUUUAACAUCUGGCAAGUACAAGACUGUAUCUGCAGCAGCUGCUUACUGGAGGGUCCAUGCCGGGAAGCUGUACCGACGCUACAGAGGGGAUAUUCCUUGUGAUUCCAGGCAUGGACCAGCCCCAGUCUUGACUGGAGCAGAGGAGGAGGACUUGGCUACUUGGAUCCUUACCAUGUCCCAAAGAGGUUUCCAAGUAUCUGCUGCUCUGGUGAGGGAUGCCGUACAGAGCUUCUUCAAGAGGGACAACAGCCCUUUCAUCAACGGCAGACCGUCCUAUCGCUGGUAUUACAGCUUCCUUCAGCGCAAUGACAAGCUCAAACACUUGAAACCUUCAAACCUAACUUUGUUAUGUGAUUCAAAUCCUACUAAGGCAGUCAUAAGUGAAUGGUUUCAAGAACUAACGUCCUUUCUCUUGAAAUUGGGCAUUGCAGAGAAACCUGGCCAAAUUUACAACUAUGCCGAAACGGGAUUUGAAAUGAACAAGAACACUGAUCGCAUUGUUGUGUUCUCACAAGCAGCCCGAGGAAAAUCAAAGCCCACCUGCCUUAAGAGGGGUGUGAUUGUUGGUAUGUGUGCCAGUGCUGAUGGGCGAAUUCUUCCUCCGUUCAUCAUAUACAGGGGCCAGAAGAUGCCACAGCAUUGGGAUCCUCUUGAUGGUGCUCCUAAAGGAUCCGGAACAUUCUUCCUUGAGAAGGACGGGGAGAAGCAAGAAGCAUUCAGCCACUGGAUGGAGCAUCACUUCUUGAAGAAUAUUGGGAGGAAGCGCCCUGUUGUUCUUUUGCUGAGUAGCCACCAGAGUGAGAUAUCCUAUAAGACUUAUGUUACCGCUCGCCAAAAUCAUGUCUAUCUGUUUAGGAUCCCACUGAAGGCUGCUUCUCUUCUGCAGCCCAUAGAUGUUGGAGGAGAGGCAGGAGAGGGACCCUUUAGGUCUGCCUGGAUCAUGAAAUGGGUGACGGAAAACCGGAGUGUUCCUGUCAACUUUCAUAACGUGGCCCAGGUCAUCAACUCUGCAUGGCAUGAAGCCGAAAACUCAGAAGCUAUCCGCACAUGCUUCAUCCAGUCAGGAAUUCACCCCCUGGACCGAGAGAUGAUCGACGACGACCACCUACCUGAAGGAGACCUGGAUUUCUUAAACAAGGAUGCCCCACAGUUUGAGGAAUCUCUACCUCUGCAUGCCUCUCAAAAUGUGCAUCCCACUUCUGACACCAAUGCAAAUGAUUAUCCCACAGCUGAUGCUGAUCCCAAUGUUGCAGAAGUUGUCUUCCAUAAGCUCGACAGGAAGCUUGAUAAAACCACCAGAGAGACAUACAGAACAUGCAUCAAGAGUGGGUUAGACCUUGAGGAGACGCCUCUCUUUUCUGUGUGGAAGAGACUCUAUUUGGAAGCCUUUCACAGUAACUCUCAGUCAUCUCCAAGGACAAGGAAAGCAAAGAGGUCCACAGGGUCCAGCAAGAGGCAAUCCCCUAGAGGCAAAAGGACCAGCAAGCAUGGCAAGGAUGACGUCUUUUGCCCGGUCUGUGAUGAAAGGUUCGGAGAUGAUGGUGGAGAGGAUUGGAUUGGGUGUGAUGGCCGGUGUCAAUCCUGGUACCACGUCAACUGCCUUCCCCCAGAGGUCGUGACCCCAGCCCUGCUCGAAGACAAGGAAAUGGUCUGCCCAGACUGUUCAAGCUCAAGGUAAAUGUACGACAAAAAUGCCUGUACCUCUGCAACGUCAGCAUAUCUACAUAUCUUCAAAUGCUUCUCAUGUGCUUCUGGCGUUAGAGUUCAUCAUGACUGACCGUUGACGAUGUAAUCUUGUACUCUGGACAAUGCAGACCAUGCCAUUAGGACAAUUUGACCUGUUGUAAUGAAGAGCUUUUGUUGUGACCGGAACCUUUCUGGGUACAUUUUACAUUUCCGUUAAACAAGUAUUCUGGAAUAAAAUCAGCAGGAACUGUCAACUUCUUUUACCAGUAAAAUGUCCAUAUAUCGCAGAAUGUGAAACUUUGUUAUGUAGCAUAUAAAAACUUUAUUGCCCUUUCGAAAGUAUUUGACUACUGAACAUGUGAAAAAUGUCUUUGAGACAUCUUUGGUGAUGUAGUCACAUUUUUGUCCAGAAACACAAGUAGUUUCCACUAAAAUGUUCACCUUUUUCUUUGAGAAUCAGAGGUUCAUGACCCAUAAUUUUUACUUUUUUCAGUAUCAGUUUUGGCAUUCCGAAAACAAAAGUCUUUGGCUACAGCUUUCUAGUUGACUUCUGUUGAUUGUUUUUAAAUUUCUGUAAUUAUUCUUCUCAAAGGGCCUUGUAGAUCAGCCAGUGGCGUAUCUAGCUGAAAUGGCGCUAUAAUAUAUAUUAUCUUCAAGCAAACUUGAAUCCUCGAUCCUGAUUGGUCGAUUCAUGGCAACAAGCCGUGCUACAUAUAACCAUACCGCACGGCCACGGUCCAUACCGCACUCCGCGUAUUGCGCUAUUCUAAGCCUACGUGACGCGAUUAGUGCUGCACAAUUCACUGUGAAUUCAAAAGUUGCGCGUAGGUUACACAGCAUGCAUGUACUUUACUGUGCGUCAAGUUUGCGUGAAGAUAAAUCCGUUACCACGCUCGUACUCGUGGAUCACGGAAAAUGUAGUGCGCCUGUGUCCCACAUACCACUUGGCCUGUGGGACACAGAGGCACUACAUUAUUCUGUGUUCCACUCGCGCUCGCAAGAUAACUAAUUGUAUAUGCAUAAUAAUGAUCAGUUUUAAAGCACUCACAUUUGGAAGAUGAGUACCAGCCCCCCC